GAGAUCUGCCUGCCUUCAUAACCAAUGAGGGGCUCUUCUGAUACAAGCGAGUUUGCUAUGUGGUAGCAUCAGCGCCCUCAAGAUUUCAGAAGAUGAUGUCCAUGGUGUUGCAAGAUCUACCUGGAGUCCAAGUGUAUCUCGAUGACGUCAUUGUCUACAUAUGUUGCCGUGCUGAUCAUGUAACACGCCUGAAAGCUGUACAGGCUACAGAAAGCUGGACUAUGUCUGAAUACAGAAAAAUGCAAAGUCUACCAGGAUAAGCUGACUUACCUGGGCCACACCAUAAGUAAGUAUGUAAUAAGUAACCACACUCCUGUCUAUAAAAGACAUGGGUAGAGCUGCGAAUAGCACGCAGGUCUGCCACGCUACUUCGCUUCAACUAUGAUAUUGUCUACCGGCCCAGUGCUCAGAACCAUGCAGCAGACUGCUUUUCCCACUUGCCACUGCCAUAUGAACAGGACUGCUCCCCAGACAUGGAACCAGAGACUGUUGCUGCUUUUGACUGCCAUUCCCAUGCUUGACUUCACAGAUGUCUGCUCUUCCUGCCCAGAGCUACGCAAGCUGCACAUCUACAUGACCGAAGGGUGGCCUGCAUCAUCCAAAGGCCUACCUGCAUACAUGAUGCCUCACUACCAGGUAACAUUAUUCAUAGCUCUGUUGGUUCUUGCGGCUUCAGUCCACUCCGACUCCCAGUUUUACCUGCCCAUUGACUGUGAUGACAUCUAUCGCCAUGACAACACCAGCUCCAGCGGGGUGUACACCAUCUACCCAGGGGGUCCCACCACGCCCCUGCAUGUCUACUGUGACAUGGACACUGACGGAGGGAGAUGGACAGUAUUUCAGAGGAGAAUGGAUGGGAGUCAGAGCUUCUUCAGGCCCUGGGCUCACUACAAGACUGGAUUCGGGGAUGUGGCUGGAGAAUAUUGGCUAGGCCUGGAAAACAUCUUCCUGCUGACUAUGAGGAAGAAGAAUGAGCUACGUGUGGACAUGGAGGACUUGGACGGAGGGAAGGCCUCCGCCCGGUACUCCUCCUUCUCGAUCGAUUCAGAGAACGGCGGCUACCAGCUUCACCUGGGCAGCUUCGAUGGAGGAGACGCAGGGGACAGUUUGACAAAUCACAAUGACAUGAAGUUCACCACCUAUGACAAAGACCAGGACCAGUGGACUAGCAACUGCGCUCAACACUAUCUGGGUGGAUUCUGGUACAAUAAUUGCCACAUGGCAAACCCCAACGGCAUGUACGCACCUCACAAUACCAUCGGAUUUGAAAAUGCCCACAUCAUUUGGCAUGCAUGGAAGGGCUGGAACUACUCCCUCAAGACUAUUGCCAUGAAGAUCAGAUCAGUCGCUAAGUGUACUUGCACACAUUAACCUGAUUAGCUGUGAUUAGCUAGAUUAUGGGAAUACUUCACCCUCCAUCAGGUUAGGAGAGUCAUGAUCUGGAUGUUGGCACCUGUGAUGUUCCUACAGUUGAUUUUCCUUUUUUUUUUCUCAUUUAAUGUUUCAAAGAUACAGUCAGUCAGAAUAUUUUAGGUGAACAAGUCAGAAGGAAUUGGCUACAUGCAUCCUUUCCUUCUGCUCUUGUUACCUGAUGUGAAUUUUUACUGUUUACUCUUUCUCUCUUUUUUAUGUUGCAUUUUGUAAAGCAUGUUGUUGGUUUUGAUAAACUUUGUAAUAUUAUUACUGUAUGGUUUGUAGGGGACAAACCCAGGAAUAUAAGAGGAAGCUAAAAUUCUUUCAAAAACAUUAUCAUUUCAGUCGGUCUAACAGUCUGUCUGCGUAGGUGCAGGAGUACACACACACAGACCCAGUGACCCCUGACCUAAAGGCAUGAAGGAAAAGACAUUGAACAGAACUAAAAAGCCAGCCUUUCCCAGCCAGGAAGGGAAAAUGGACAGUUGGAAUUAACGACUUUGUUUUUCUUUUCAGAUACAAACAGACUGCGUGGAUGAACCCUCCUCCACUCUUACUAUCUCUAAAGUCAUAAAUGUUGUGAGAAGUCCAAAAGGCUAAUAAAAUGUGUAAAAUUAUAUAUUGGUCUAACCAAUGUUAACCUUUACUGUAUUUCAGAACAAUUAAAGUUUGUCUCAUCAUCAGCCCUCCAUCAAGACACAGUAGGAACUAAUCAUGCGUUCUGGUUGAGAGUUGAUGCAAAGAGCUAAUUCUAAAUUAUAUAAUUUUUUAAUUGGUUUUAGUUAUUAUUAUUAUUAUAGUAGAGUUAUUUGCCCCUCAUUGUGCUUUUGACUCGUUUUGACAACCCUCAACUUCAUUCAUUCAAGUCAAGUCCAUUUUUAUUUGUAUAGCCCAAAAUUUGCCUCAGGGGGCUUUAC